GAGGGGGUGGUGCAGCAGCAGCAGCGGCAGCAGCGGUGAAAAGGAGGGGGACACCCACCCUGCGGGGCUCCACGCACUCAGUCUUUGUCUAAAGCCCGCCCGCCUGUCCGCUGCUCGCGUCCAACGCACACAAAAGCUCUCGACGUCGCCGCGUAAGCACACGAGCGAACUCCUCCACCACGACAAGAGGACACCACGGAUGGCUUGAACGAGGACGCCCGUGGCGCGUGUUUUCUUUUUUUUUGUGCAACCCAAAAAAAAAAAAAGCGAGAAGAAAGUCCGAGCAGCAGCCGGAGGAAGAGCAAGAGCAGGAGCAGGAGCAGGAGCAUCGCAAUCACAAGAUCUGAGAAGCGGAUCGCGGCAAGAUGAGCUGGAGUUUCCUGACGCGCCUCUUGGACGAGAUCUCCAAUCACUCCACGUUCGUGGGCAAGAUCUGGCUGACGCUGCUGAUCGUCUUCCGCAUCGUGCUGACGGCGGUGGGCGGCGAGUCCAUCUACUACGACGAGCAGAGCAAAUUUGUGUGCAACACGCAGCAGCCCGGUUGCGAGAACGUGUGCUACGAUGCUUUUGCGCCGCUCUCGCACAUCCGCUUCUGGGUCUUCCAGGUGAUUAUGAUCACCACGCCCACCAUCAUGUACCUGGGCUUCGCCAUGCACAAGAUCGCCCGCAUGGAGGACGCCGACUACCGGCCGCGGGCCCGCAAGCGCAUGCCCAUCGUCAGCCGCGGCGCCAACCGCGACUACGAGGAGGCCGAGGACAACGGCGAGGAGGACCCCAUGAUCCUGGAGGAGAUUGAGCCGGAGAAGGACAAGGAAGUGGAGGAGAAGCCCAGCAAGAAACACGACGGGCGGCGGCGCAUCAAGCGCGACGGCCUGAUGAAGGUGUACAUCUUCCAGCUGCUGUCGCGCGCCAUCUUCGAGGUGUCCUUCCUGCUGGGCCAGUACGUGCUGUACGGCCUGGAGGUGGCGCCGUCCUACGUGUGCACCCGCUCGCCCUGCCCGCACACGGUGGACUGUUACGUGUCGCGCCCCACCGAGAAAACCAUCUUCCUGCUCAUCAUGUACGCCGUCAGCGCCUUGUGCCUGCUCUUCACCUUGCUGGAAAUCCUUCACCUGGGCAUCAGCGGCGUCCGCGACUGCUUCUGCGCCCCGCGCCCGCCCACCCCCCGACACUCGGCGCCGGCCAGCCAGAGGUCCUCCAUCUCCCGGCAGCCGUCGGCGCCGCCGGGCUACCACACGGCGCUCAAGAAGGACCCGUCGGGCAAGCCGGGCUUCCGGGACAACCUGGCCGACUCGGGCCGCGAGUCCUUUGGCGACGAGGCCUCCUCGCGUGAGCUGGAGAGGCUCCGCAGGCAUCUGAAGCUGGCCCAGCAGCAUCUGGACCUGGCCUACCACAGCGAGGAGCUCAGCCCGUCCCGCAGCAGCAGCCCCGAGUCCAACGGGACGGCGGCCGAGCAGAACCGACUCAACUUUGCCCAGGAGAAGCAGACCGCCGCGGCCGACAAAGGUAUGCGUGCGUAGGCAGUGGUCAGCGCCAGCCCCAGCCCAGCCCAGCCCAGCUGAGCCUGGAAACUGGACUUGACAUCUGGAUCGCUGAUUGGGCAGAAGGGAAACCCGCAACAAUUACAAAUGUGUGUGUGUGUACGGAAGAGACGCAGUGACUUUCUCCGGCUUGAGGCGUAUGAAGUCAGCCCUGAGCAAUAUCAGUGUUAUGGCCCGUCCAAAAAGGAGGAGAACGGUGGACUCAACCUGACAUUGCUUGAGACAAACAAAAGUCCGAUCCAAAGUGCUUUUUGCCAUAAAGCGUCUCCCUCAGGGCAGCUACCUUUUUUUUUUUUUUUUUUACACAUAUCUUACUAUCUAUCUUUGUUAUAGGAGACUUAGAGCUAGUCACAAUUUAAGAGUUGGAAGUGUUUGAGGUUGAGUUAAAUGCAUCUCAGCUUUGCAACUGGAAUGCCACAUUUUGGGAAUAGUGUGAACGGUGAGCAAAGCUGAAUAGAUGAGGCACCUUGCUU